AUGAAACAAUUCAUUGUUCUUCUAAUUUUAUCCUCCUUUGUUUUGUCUUACCAAAGAAGUACUUUAUUGGAGACAAAACAUUUAGCAAUUUCAGGAUAUUUUAAAUGUAAAAGUGAUGUGCUAUUUGCCGCAAAAAUAGUUGCAAAACAACAUGUCAUGAAAUUAUUUAGCCUUAAAAACAUUGAAAAAUACAUUCUUGUAAACCAAAGUUUUAUUUUUGAAUUUGACUCUUCAUUCACCAGAACCUAUGAAUUAGAAAUUUAUGAUCGUUGUCAGGUUCCAUGUAACAAUUGUGAAAUUAAAACUACUUUAGAUUUAAAAAAUACUAUGAAAAUAAAAAGUAAAGAAAUUAAUAAAUUAUACAAAAGAAUUAUCAUUAAUUCAUAUGAAAAAUUACACUUAGGAAAAAAUAAUGAUGGCAUGGAUAGUACAUUAAUUUGUGCCAUUUCAAAAAAUGAAUUAAAAAAAAUGUCUUUAUCAAAAUUUGUCUCACAUAAAAAUACUACCCAUGCUACUAUGGAUUUAUCAAAUUUCAAAUGUCCUGAUAUGCAACAUUAA